AUGACGAACUUUGUGGAUUUUAAUCAGGUCGAGUCCAAGAUGGAGAAAAGUGUAAUAUCUGAGUUUUUCAAUGGCCGAUCCGUAUUUGUCACCGGAAGUACGGGUCUCAUGGGAAAAGUGCUCGUCUGGAAACUGUUGUACAGCUGUCCGGGAAUAAAAAACAUUUUCGUGUUGAUAAGAUCGAAAAGAGGCAAGUCUGCUCUUCUGCGAUACCAGGAAAUCAUAAAAGCACCGUUGUUUGAUUCCAUUAGGAAAACGAACAAAUCGCUGUUGUCCAAGCUGCAAGUGGUGUGCGGCGAUGUAGGUCUGGACGGACUGGGCAUCACACAGGAAAUUAAGGAAAGGCUCAUAUCGGAAGUGUCGAUUGUUUUUCACGGAGCGGCCACGUUGAACUUGGACGCGUCACUGACCGAGGCCAUAAACUUGAACACAAGCGGAACGCUACGCAUGCUCGAAUUAUGCUCAGAAAUGAAAAAUUUAGAGGCUUUCGUACAUUUCUCCACGGCGUUUUGUCACGUAGACCUGGACACAUUGGACGAGGAAGUGCACAAAUCGACUUUCGACGCAUACAACAUAAUGAGGUUACCGUCUUGGCUCAACGAAAACUCCAUCAAGAUGGUCACGCCUCACUUGAUAAGUCCACAUCCGAACACUUACACGUUUUCUAAACGCCUGGCCGAAGAUGUUGUCAGCGACUUUUAUCCCCAGCUUCCGGUCGUCAUCGCAAGGCCUUCAAUAGUAACGCCAGCGCUCAAGGAACCUCUGCCCGGCUGGGUGGACAAUCUCAACGGACCCACAGGAAUAUUGGCCGCGGGUGGCAAAGGCGUACUCCGGUCCGUACUUUGCAAUUCGGAAUACACCGCCGAAGCCGUGCCGGUGGACUUUGCAAUAAACGCCGUAAUCGUGAUCGCGUGGAAAACGGCAAUUUCCAAACAAAAGACCAAUGUUGUUCCUGUGUAUAAUUUGACUCAGCACAACCUGAACCCAAUGACUUGGGAUGUCGUUAUGGCCAAAGGCAGAGAAGAGACGAUGAAAAACCCGUUCGAGCUCAUGUUGUGGUAUCCCACCGGGUCGCUGACGUCCAACCGAUUCAUUCACACUUACAAAGUGAUAUGUUACCACUGGAUACCGGCCUACCUUAUCGACGGAAUUUUGUUUUUGCUCGGCCAAAAGCGUUUCAUGAUCAGAGUUCAGCAAAAGAUAUCGGACGGCCUUCGAGUCCUCCAAUAUUUCACUUUGCGCAAUUGGGACUUCACAAACGACCGGCUGUUGGCGCUCCGGGAUAGCCUGUCCGAAGUGGACCGGAAAACAUUCAGCAUAGAUUUCGAGAAAAUGGACAUGGACAUUUAUUUCAGGAAUUGUAUUCUGGGAGCCCGUCAGUACUGCCUGAAGGAAGACCCUGCGUCCAUACCCAAGGCCAGGAAAACCCUGAAAGUACUCUACGUGUUGGACUUGGUGGUGAUAUACCUGAAGUACGCUCUCGUCGCCUGGUUGCUGUACAAGGUGUACAAAACAUUUUCUGCGGUCGUGUAG